AGACAGCAGAGUGCUUUACUACUGUACUAGAAGCGUUGCGUUCACAGUCACCGGGCACACAGUGGGAAUCUCAGCCCUCAGCAGCAGCAGCACCUUUCACUCUGGAGAUUAUACAACACCAAGCCGCUCGGAUGUGCAAUAUGACUUUUGAAGAAACCGGUGGAGAUAAUUCUGCAGAAAGGAUGGACUCGGUGGCUAAAGCGUUAGAGGAGGUGCUGAGCUCUGCAUUGCCUCAGGGUUGCAUCACAGUUGGAGUCUAUGAGGCAGCAAAGUCACUAAAUGCGGAUCCAGACAACGUGGUGCUGUGUCUGCUGGCCACAGACGACGAGGAGGAUGUGGCUCUGCAGAUUCAUUUCACCUUGAUCCAGGCUUUCUGCUGCGAGAAUGACAUCAACAUCCUGCGGGUGAGCAACAUGAGGCGUCUGGCAGACAUACUGGGAGUGAAGCCUGGAGGGGAGCCCGUGGACCUGCACUGUGUGCUAGUUACUAAUCCCCAGUCGUCACUGUGGAAGGACCCGGCGCUAAGCAAAGUGACCCGAUUCUGCAGGGAAAGCCGCUGCUUGGAUCAGUGGGUGCCUGUUAUCAACCUGCCCGACCGAUGAAACUGCUUGGAAUAUUAAUGUAUUGUGUGCAUCGGGGGAAAAAGUAACUGCACAAGGCCUGUGUUAAUGUCUGUGUUGGACUCCUUUGGAAAGUGUCCCAGAGAGCGGGAGAGAGUGAGAUGGGAGGGGCAGAAAAAAGAAACACAAGGAAGCGAGAUGUUCCAACAGAUUUACCGGGUCAGGGUGAAUUCGAGGGCCAAGGAACAGUGACUCAGCAGUCUGAGUUCCAGGAUUUCCAACGUAUGACUGCGCCUUUCUCUGGAAAAAAAAAAGAGCCUUUUACAGGAAACUGCACCAUGUGAGCAGACGAGCACACGUGGUGGUGAGCACAAACGCUGGACUGGGGAAAAGCAGACAGAAAGAGAGCCUCAGUUGACAAGACUCUAAGAACUGGACCAUGCUGGAUUGGACCAGUCGGCUCUCAGCUUGAAGAAUUCCUCAUGAAAAUUUGACCAAAUCCAAGCAUUUCUUUAACAGCACAUUUAUUUAAUAGUAUUUAAGACUUGUCACUUUGAUAACUCAAAAGGGAAAGUUUUCACAGUUUAUUAUUAUAUUAAUAUUUUAAGGGCAAUGCAAUGUUGAGACUUGUCCACUAACUGAUGUUUUUAUGUGUUAUUAAUUUAAUGAAUUCUAUUUAUUGUGCACAGUUCAUGGAAUUCUGCUUUGUUACGUUGAAUGAAAUAAACAACCAACCUACAGUUUA